AUGUUAAAUAAAGGAAAAAGAUAUAGAAGCUCAGAAAACUCCUUAUUAGAUAAUGAAGUUGCAUCAACAAGUUAUCUGAGCAAGAGAUGGAAAGAGAAUGAAGAGAGAGCUAAAUUAUUGAAAGUCAGAAAAUCGAAGAAUACUUUGGUUAU